AUAUUCAAAUGGCUAGGCACUUUUUCUUUCUUUCUUUCAUAAUUUUUUCAUGCAUUAAUAACUCUCAUUGUGGUCCUUUUUCCCCACCUAAUAUUGUUGAUCUGGGAAGUACGUUUUGCUAAGCUACUCAGAUAUGUAAUAAAAGGCACUGACCAAUUUUAUGUGUAGUAGUUAGCUAGUGAAUGAGUGUGUGUGUUUUUCAGUGCAAGCAGUACUCAUCAUAAGAAGAAGAGAUAUCAAGCAAAAGAACAUGGGUAGACGUCCCUGCUGUCCCAGGGAAAUCAAUAAGGGUGCUUGGUCUCGAGAAGAAGAUGAAGCCCUCUCCAGAUAUAUCACCAUUCAUGGAGAAGGGAAAUGGCAGAAGGUUGCCCAAAAUGCAGGUUUGAAGCGGUGUGGAAAGAGCUGUAGACAAAGAUGGUUGAAUUACCUUAAACCUGGUAUAAAGAGAGGUGACAUCUUUGAGGAUGAAGAGGACAUGAUCAUCAGACUUCAUCGUCUUCUUGGUAACAGAUGGGCUUUGAUAGCUAAGAGGCUUCCGGGACGAACAGACAAUGAAAUCAAGAACUACUGGAAUACCAAUCUGUCUAAGAAGUUACAUAAACAGCAUUCACUUCAACAUAGCCAAUACCCUGAUCACAAAUAUUGUGAACAAGAGAAGAUCCAAAGAAUCCAUGUAGCACCAGAAGCUCCAAGGCCUAGAAGAGUUAAGGCUUUUAAAUACAACAACAAUUUUAUUUUGGAGAGUACUAAUAAUGGUUGUAAGUGUGAAAAGCGUAGCAGUGCUAGUCCCUCAAACAAAAUAGAGGGUGGUGGUGAUGAAGCUUCACUUAUUGAUUUCUUCAUUGAUAUUGAUCAAAGCCAAAUGCUGGUUGCUGAUGAUGAUGACUUCCACUCAAAACCAAAUGCUACCUUAUCUCCUAAUUCUGAUCACUGUAACCAUGCUUCAUCAGAGAAAAUUGACUCUCUGGAUGUAGAGCUCAAGAAGAUGGCUUCCUUUCUUGGAAUUGAAAAUAUAUGAUUGAAAUUAAGGAUUUAUUGCAGCAGUGAGAGGACCAAGAGAAGAAGAAAAAGUUCAAAUGCUUAGGGAGUCAUAAUAUAUAAAGAAUUCUGUUUGGAUACAAACUAAAGAGCGUUUAUUGAAGUUUGUCUACUAAAAAAAGCAUUAGAUGAACUCCAAUUAGUAUUUUUUGUUCUGCAUCCAAACUGGUUCAUAUAUAGCCUCUGCAAUCGCCACCAAUGUAGCUUGAUGGAUAAAUCCACGGUUUCUUUUUGUUUCUCUUUUUUUUCCCCUCUUCAGUCACUUAAUUGGCUGUGAACUCAAGAACCCUUAUCUUACUCCAAAAUAACACAACCACAGAUUGUAACAUCUACUGUGAAGAAAAUGUUGGAUUAAUCUUUACAA